UUAAAAAUCGGCAUUAUGUUAAAGUGAAAACUGUGGGUUGGAGAAUGUCGGCAGUGCACACCAUGCAUCUUAAUUAACCUUCAGUACCUGUCUACCGUUGUCAAUUAUCAUCCUCCAUCUGUUUAAUACAGACCGGCACCAUGCUGUCUCCGUGUUUCCUAGUUUUCCUGUCGGUGUCUCCCGUGAUUGGCUAUGUCUGCGAGAAGACCGCACAGAUUUGCGAAACCUCUCUCGACAUCGAGCACUACCUUACAAUGUCAAGCCAUGACUCCCUUGCAGUGUAUCCCCAAAAAGGCAAGCUCUACAAGUACGACGUGACCAACACAUCAAAUGCAGAUCCUGUUCCUAUAGAGAACAUCAUUACAGGGGAUGGUUGGGAGAUGAGGCGACUUCUGGUUGUCGCAAAUCAAAGUCUUCCCGGACCAGACAUCAUCGUUUACGAGGGACAGACAGUGAUCAUUCACGUGAAAAACCACUUACAUUCCGAUACAGUGACGAUCCACUGGCAUGGUCUUCACCAGUCGGGAACUCCCUUCAUGGACGGAGUCCCCUUUGUAUCGCAGUGUCCCAUCGAAUCGGGACAAACGUUUACAUACAAAUUUAAGGCGUACCCUCCGGGUACAUUUUGGUAUCAUUCCCACGUAGGCUCCCAACGAGUUGACGGACUACUAGGAGCUUUUGUCGUACGUAAAAACGAACCCGAUCCUCUUCCAGAACACAUUUUGCAAAUCCAAGACUGGAAUCACGACUGGGAUGGAAAUAUGGGAUAUCAAUUAAUGGUUUACGGAAUCAUAGAAAAUAAAACAAAAUACAUUCCAUCCCAAUCCUUAGACGGUAGCUUCUAUAGUCUUUUCAAAGCCCAAUCCGGCCUCAUCAACGGGAGGGGGCGCUUUUAUUUCGAUCUAGAGAGGGGGAUUCAUAACGAGGCUCCUUUAGAAGUUUUUAACGUAAAACAAAAUACCUCUUACCGAUUCCGUGUCAUCAAUGUAGGUGCUCUUUUUCCAUUUAGAGUUUCAGUAGACAAUCACAUGUUAAGUGUUAUCGAAUCGGAUGGAUACCCCAUUCGACCAACUCUUGUUGAAUCAUUCGUCAUAAAUCCAGGAGAGAGAUUCGAUUUUGUUAUAAAUGCAAAUCAAUCUAUUGGAAACUACUGGAUUCGCGGGAAAACAUUAGAGGUGACUCCCAGAAACACGAUAGCAGAGGCAAUCUUACGAUACGAGGGUGCAGGUGAUGCCGAACCCACAACUGCUCGAAAAUUGUGCACUGAACAAGAUAAAUGUGUUGUCAUUAAUUGUCCAUUUACUUAUUUCCCAAAGAACGAGUUUACAGAGUGUAUUCGAUUUGAUCACCUUCGUUCGUCAGCAUCCAACGAUCCUGCACCAACAGUGGUUGAUGGAAAAUUUAAAGAAUAUUUCCUUAAUUUUGCAUUUCCAGGAGUAACUAGCUUUCCAAGCUCAGUCAACGGUAUAGCACUAGAAUUCCCCACGGUAUCUGGAGUAUCACAACCACAACAGGUUACGAAUGCUUGCAAAAAUUUUCACUGUGAUGAACAGAAGCAGUGUAAAUGUACGAACGCCCUUUCUCUCGAUCACGGCGACACAGUUCAAAUGGUGUUUCUAAAUAUGGGCGUUGGGCGUGGAUGGGCUCAUCCGGUCCAUAUGCAUGGUCAUUCAUUCUAUGUUCUUAAAAUGGGGUAUGCAGUAUACAACGAAACCACAGGAAAGUUCCUAGCUCAAAAUCCAGACAUUGAUUGCAGGGGUGGAGUUCCCCUUGAAAAAUCGUUUUGCAAUACUGCAACAUGGGCAAACCAGACCUGGCUGAAUGGAAAUGUCCCUGAUUUGGAACUACAAAACCCGCCGCGGAAAGAUACACUUAUAAUUCCUAGCGGUGGUUAUGCUGUGAUAAGAAUCAGAGCAGAUAACCCUGGCCUAUGGAUUAUGCACUGCCAUAUUGAGCUUCACGCAGCUGAUGGAAUGGCCAUGCUUCUUAACGAGUCUUUUGAUAAUCUUCCUAAAACCCCUAAACAUUUUCCGACUUGUGGCGACUUUAAGAUCGAAGAAGAAGAAGACACAUAUGUGGACUCUGAAGUAGAUAUUGAAGAAACAAUUUCAAUGCAACGAUUCUACGUCAUUGUCGGUGUUAUGGCGGCUGUCAUCUUCUUACAGUUACUGGUAAUCAUCGGUAUGCAUUUUUCUUCCAAAAGAUCAUCACCCUCCAAAGCAGAUAUUACGGGAAAAACGAAUCCAUCAUUUAAUAAUUAUUAGUACAAGGACGUUAGGAUAGAGAUACAUGUAAUUAGAAUAAUCAACAAUAAAGCGAACGGGAGAAUGUAUGACUGAUGAAGGACCGUUGAAUAUAUACAGAACAUAUAUUUCGCACUUUCUUCAUGUAUAUAUAUGUGUGUUUGAUUUGUUUUCUUUAUUCUUUAUAUAUUUUUUUUUACGUUUUUAUAUCGCUUUUUGGUUCUUACAGUUUUUGAAAAACAUUAUAUACUUGACAAUUUGAGAAAAAAAUACUUGCACCUAAUUUUAUGUAUUUUCUUUUACCUAA